AUGAAAAUGAACUUUCAAGAGAUUGAUCAGCUUUUGUCGGAUAAACGAAAUUCUCAUCAAGUUUAUGAAAAAUUGAAAAUGCAAAUCGUUUCCGAGGGUGAAAUUGAUGUGGAAUUGUUGUGGAGAUUCAUUCAAUCAUGCCAUCAGAAAGCUCUCUUUUCUGGAACAUUUAACGAAAAGAAAAAUAUUUUAAUCGAAGGUAGAAAUCAUGCUCAACAAGCCGUUCACACCCAUCCCAAUCACCCGAAUUUGCUUAAAUUCGCCGCAAUGGUCACUGGGAAAUCGGUGGAAUUUGUGGGAUUGACAGAUAAAGUCAGACAGGGGAAACUCUUCAAAGAAUACCUCGAUUCAGCUUCCGAGCUUCUCCCCGAUGAUACUCGACUUCUCCAUUUGCGUGCUCGAUACAAAUUCUCGAUGUCGCAAAUGAAUUGGAUUGAGAGAAAAGCAAUCAACGCUGUUUUCAUGGUUGCUCCCGAUCAUACAAUUGAUGAGGCUUUGGAAGAUUUACUCGAAGUCUAUCGGAAAGAGCCAACUUGGUUGGACAAUUUGUUGUACAUUGCGAAGAGUUACCAUGUGAAGAAAGAUAAGGUGAAGGCGCUCGAAUUUGUAGAGAAAUGUCUUCACGAAACAGCAAUUGACGAUGAAGAUUUCCAUCAUCAGAAAGAAGCAAAAGAAUUGAUGGGAAAAUGCAAA